CGCAUAGAAGCAAGCAAAGCGACCAGCGAAAAGUCCGAAACGAAAAAGGUUGCCAUAACCAAUUCUCCUUGCGAUGCCACGGUCGAAGAAGAACAGUAGUCGCUGUCCUCCGGUCGCGGUCUGAACAUACGUUACAAACCCCUGGGAUCGAUCUCCGGGCCAUCUCCUGCUCCCCUUUCCCCACCGCCGACGAGCCGCAAGCUAUGGCUUCUCCUCCCUCCUCUUCCUCCUACUCCUCCUCAUACCCCGCACCCCACCACACACGCCCGCGCUUCCGGCGAUCUCCUCGGCCGCCGCCUCCCCCACGGCUGCGUUCCUCCUCGACGUCGUCCUCCCGCCGAUCCUCCCCCGUGCAGGAGUCCCAAUUCGGAAGCAUGGCAUCAAGACCCGCAAGGAGGCGUGGUUCUGUUCAGAUUGCCACAGCAUUUGACGAGGAUCUUGGGGAUUUCUCACUGGUGCAUCAUGACGAUGGGGAUGAGGCAUUUGGUGUUGCCCUAUAUUCAAGUGAGAGCGAAUGGAGCGAUGAUGAGGCUGUGUUAACUCAAAUUGCUGAUGUUGAGUUACCAGUGAUGACUGAUAGACGCUUCAAGGGGGCAGAGGGUGCGAUAACUAUUGCUGCCCAUAGGCUCGCCAGCAUUGAGAAAGGGCACAGGAAGAGCAGAACUCAACAAGGGCUGAUGAAUAAUGUUGGACUGAUUGCUUUCCUAGCAACAUUACUUUUGUUUGUCGACUGGUGUUCUUGGAGGAUUGUUAGGCUUCCUCUGGACUCAUUUUAUUUGACACGCCCUUUUUUAAUAUCGGCAGUUCUAUCAGCAUUAGCUGGAUUUAUUUUUGCACCAAUUGCUGAUAGCAUGAAGAUUCAUCAUUUCCGGAGGAGAGGGAAGCCCGUUUCUCCAUCUUAUGGAAAGCCAACCCCAGCAAUGGGAGGGCUGUUCUUCAUUCCCAUUGGUAUUUUAGUUGCAAGAAGACAUGUUAGUUCCAACUCAAGUGGAGUAAAUGGAGCAACUAUAAUAACCCUCAUAUUUGCAAUAGUUGGGUUACUUGAUGAUAUUUCAAACCUUACCAUGGAUCGCAAACGUAAAGUUCCUCAGUGGAUAAGAUUCUUGAUUCAGACUGCUGCUGGGAUUUACUUCUUUAUCUGGUUGGGUUCUGCAGAUAUUUCAACACCAUACAGCAUGAAAUUCCUCGUUCCUCUACCUCCUCCUUUUGGUCUUGCACUCAUGGGAAAACUUUAUCUGGUUUUGGCUACAAUAUGUUCUCUUUCCAUGGGUACUGGGGUAACAUUGGUUGAUGGUCUUGAUGGCUUGGCCGGUGGUGUUGCUGCUUUAGCACUCUCUGGAUUGUCUGUUGCUGCUCUCCCGAUUUGCUCAGAACUGAGUGUUUUUGGAACAUCAAUGGCAGGCGCUUGCACUGGCUUUCUUUUUCAUAACAGGUAUAGGGCCUCAAUAGUUAUGGGUCGAGUUGGUUCUUUUGCGCUUGGAGGAGCACUUGCUACCAUUGCAGCAUGUAGUGGAAUGUUCAUUCCUAUGCUAAUUGCAUCUAGUGUCUUCUUUCUCGAGUUAUUGUUGGUAAUAUUGCAGGUUCCUUUAAAUUUGACUCUGAAGCACGUCCAUGGGACUAACAGAUAUUUCCUGCGAACUCUUCCCUCUCAUUACUAUCUUAGAUUGUGGGGUGUAAAGGAACCUUAUAUCGUGGCAGGUGCAUACGUCAUGUCAUGCUUCUUAACAGUAUUGGCAGGAUACCUUGGUCUUGUCUCAGCGUAAAUAGAAAGAUACCUCUAUCUAAUUUCUAGUGUGCCUGUAGAAUGGCAGCUUCUUCAGCAUUGCCCAACCUAUACGAAUCAUUGAUACGCAGAAUUGCAGAAAUUUUGUCAUGUGGAGUUUGUAGAACACCUCAAAUGAAACCGUGCCAGUAUGGUACACCAUGGCCCGUGGUAUCCUCCGACUUGCACAAAAUUGUAACCUUUUACUUUUAGUAAACUGAACCACUGUUGUUACAACUUACAGAAUAUAGUUCCCUUUUCUCAACAAUAAAAGAACUCACAACGGAGAUAAGCUUUA